AUGGCUCCCAAGAAGGCUCCCGUCGAGAAGGGCGCCGGCACCAAGGACAGCCAGGUCAUCAAGCGCCUUCACCAGAUCCUCAAGACUGCGGACCUGGAGAAGACCACCGUGAAGAACAUCCAGAAGCAGCUCGAGGCCGACCUGGGCGUUCCCAUGUCCGACCGCAAGCAGUUCAUCCGCGAGGAGGUCGAGAAGUUCCUGAAGUCCAACGCCGGCAAGAAGAUUGGAAUUAAGCGCAAGGCUGAAGGCGAGGCCGGUGCCAAGCGCGGGAAGAAGGCCGACAAGAUUGGCAAGGAUGGCAAGAAGAAGCGCGGCCGCGGCAAGGGCAAGGAUGUCACCGACCCCAACAAGCCUAAGGGCCCCAAGGGUGCAUACAUGUGCUUCGUGCAGAUCGCCCGCCCUAAGAUCAACGCCGCCAACCCCGACCUCAAGUUCGCGGAGAUCGCCAAGAUGCUGGGCGAACAGUGGAAGAACAUGGACACCACCACCCGCGCUGGUUACGAGAAGAUGGCCGAGCAGGACAAGGAGCGCUACCAGAGGGAGAUUGCCGCCUACGUGCCCAUGUCCGAGGCUGGCCUCGAGCAGCUGCGCAAGGAGAAGGCAGCCAAGAAGUCCGCCGGUGGUCUCCAGAAGCCCUACAAGUGCUCCGCCGCGCUCACCAAGUUCCUCGGCGGCGACAAGACGAUCUCCCGCGCGACCCUCACCUCCAAGAUGUGGUCGUACUUCAAGGAGAAGAACCUCAUGGACCCCGAGAACAAGCGCUGGAUCAUCGCGGACAAGCCCUUGUCCGACCUCCUCGGCAUCGAUCGCUUCCAGGGCUUCACCGUAUCCAAAUACCUGUCCCCCCACCUCCUCCCCAUGGAGUAAGUGGUUUGUGCCAAACUCAACACCUCUGUGUCACUUGGGGACAGGGAAUCGCUGGGCUGGGAUAGUUCUGCAAGGCAGCAAUGGCAUGCCACAGACCACGAAGAUCACGCACGUAGCUUACAUCACGUUUUUACACCGCGGUGAAAACACAAUCGCGAAGAGUGCUUCAUGUAAAUGAUAAUACAGCAAUUGAAAACUG